CCAAAUAAUCAAGGAAGUUGAUUCUGAUUAGAACCAGAUGAAUUCCAGUUCUUGCCUUUAUUUGACACUCACGCUUCUUCCCUUUUGCAUUCACUAUGAGGCAAGAAUCUAAUAAUUUAGCAGAUGAAAUCAGGAACAGAACUAGAUGAGGCUCCAAGGCAAUUAGAAGAACAAAAGUAGAGGGGAAAAGAAGGGAAAUAUGGCUGAACUAGAGGAAAAAUUGUGCAAGACCUAAGAACAAGAAAGGAUAUCUCAGCUUGUGAUGUAUGGUGGUCAAUGUGACAAUAUCUUCUGCAGAGGAUGCUUAUUCUCAAUUGUAAGCAGGACAUCUUAAUUCUAUGUCCAGUCCUUUCCUAAAGGACCUGAUGACUCAUAGUAGCAACAAUGUCUUCUUGUGAGAAUGAAAUGACAAGAUGGAACCUGAGGCACAUUAGAAGAAUAACAGAGUUCCUGGAGCCAGCAACCUCAUCCAGCUAUGCUACCAAGCUUUCUUCUGAGGCACCUAUCAGCAGCAUAGACCAGUGCUUACAUAUCCCAGGGAAAGCAGAUUCUGCCUACAGUUCUUUUUCAGGUGGCUCCAAUAUUCCAGAGUGUCAUAUUCCAUUGUGCUACAGUGACCAUGACAAUCUGCAAUUAGAACAGCUUGCAUAUAUGGACUCAGAAUAUGUAAGAGGUGUUUUUAACCCUUGUGCAGCAUAUUCUAAUCUUAAACAGAUAUAUCAAGACAAGCCUGUAGCAAUGAACAUGUACAACAAUAUGGACAAUAGCAGCCCAUGUGAAAGCACUGUUGUACCUGGGACAUUAUACAAACCACCAUCACCUGUGGCCACGCUUCCAUUUUGCCUUCCACACCCAUCAUUCCAACCAGCUCAAGCUGAUAGUUGUAAAACUAACAGAAAUACAGAUCAAAGUAAUUCAGGAAUUUGCCUUGACAGCACCAUUCAAGCAGAGGAAAGCAGUGACGAUUCCAGCAAAACCCUCCCUUUUGACUCUUCCACAAAGUGUAAAGAUGACUGCUGGCUCUCAAGAUGUAAAAAUCAAAGUCCAGGCCUAGAACUAGAAAACAGUGACAUUUGGUAUCUUACUAAUCAACGCACCACAAGGAAAAAUGAAACUACCAUUCCUACUAAACAUUAUUUAAAUUUUCAAGACUAUAUGGAAUCUGGUUCUUUGGUCCACACACAGAAGGUUCAUAAUUCAGUCUACAAUUAUAAAAUUCCUGAGGCACUGAACUCUAAGUUCUCUCCUUUGCCACAUACCAUUUGUAGUGCUGUUAAUGAUACACAAGAGAACAAACAGUCUCUUUAUGCUUGUAGUGUACACAAACCAACCUUCACAGAAGCAGAUCAGCCAUGUACCAUGUCAGUAUCCAGUGAACCAGAAGGACAGUUUUGUGGUGAUGAGCAUUCAGGUUUGGAUCAAGAGAUCUGUGAAAACUACCCAAGCUUAAAGGUCACAGACAGGAUUCUUCCAAGUGCAACCGCAUGGGGGAUAAUUAAUACUUAUGAAGACAAGAGUCACUGUUUCAGCUCGAGAGAAGAAAACAGCAGGAGUGCUGGGCAGCCACUUCUAAAACAGCAAGAUAGAAGGCAAAAGUCACCAUCUCAGGGUGUGGACAUCGCAGAAAUUCAUCAUAGUGAAGUUUAUGGUACAACCAAAACUAUUUCUUAUUGCAAGCAUUAUGAGGAGUCUGCAUCCCAAAUGCUCAAUGGAGUUAAAAAAGCAAAGCAAAAUGAAAAUGACAGCCCUGACAGUCUUACAAAGCCCACGCAAGAGGAAAUGCUGGCUUCUGUUCAUUUGCCACAACAAUUUUCUAAGGUUGAAAGUCAAUGCCAGGAUGACUCUGCAAAUAGAAAGAUAAACAGAAAAACAACUCCAUUGCUCUAUUAUCUUUCUGGUGGGAAAAAUACCAACAUUUUGAGUAAUCCAAAUCAGCUACAAGAAGACUCUGCUAUGAAAUCUCCAAGGAGUGAUCAUUCAGUCUCUGCAGAACCAACAGAAAUACCAAGGGACUGUAAUAACUGUGUGAAUGACAUUGUUGCCAGCCAGAAGACAGAGCUAAUUCUAGGGAGCCCAGCAUCAUCAGUGGACGAGAAGUUCCAGAAUGACUAUCGAGAAAAACUUAAAAUAGCUCAAAGAAAAGUUUUGAGAGAAACCUCUUUCAAGAGAAAGGAUUUACAGAUGAGCUUACCCAUUCGGCUGAAGCAGAAGCCUUCCUCGAGGCCGUCCAUUCAUCACCUCAGGUCUCUGUCAUUAUCCAGUACAAAUGAGAACUGCAAAUUGAUUCCUCCCCACAAGCCACUGGAAAAUAUCAGUAAAGAGGAAGAUCUCCCAAAACCACAAGCUAGUCGAAUUGGGGGAAGGAAAAGGAUCACCAGAGAACAAAAGAAGAUCUCUUAUUCUGAACCUGAGAAACUGAAUCAACUGGAUGACCAGAGAGAUCACAGCACAUUGUGGAGAAAGAAGAAUGCAAGGUCCAGGUCUGAUGAAAUCAAUGACCAAGACAAUGUAAUUGUCAAUAAUAAAGCUUUCGAAAAUCAAAGCAGGGGUCUUUCCAAGGCGGAACUAAAGCAGAUACAGCACAAUGCACUUCUUCAAUACAUGGAACGCAAGAUUGGACAAUGGCCUGCUGCUGCCCAUUCCAGUGCCCUGCAAAAGCCCCCUUUGCAAAUGAGGCCUUCAAAUUCAAAGAAGUUUUCAGAGGACAGCAUUUCCAACCUCAGUAGCAGCAAAAAAUCACAGAAUGUUGAUCAUUCCUGUCAAUUUCCUGAUCUCGGGAGAAAUCCAGAAACACCCCCUCUCAUCUUUUCUACAACUUCUAUAACUCCGGCUUCUGAUAGUGCUAUUGCCAGUUCUUCUGUGCCCAAAAAGAGUCAUUGGAAAAUGCAGUCCAUUGCCAGUGAAGGAAGCUGUGUCAACAGAUGUGCUUCAACUAAAAGUCUUUUUCACUCGGGUGCUUCUGCCUCCGGCAAAGGCCAUGGGAGGUCAAAAUCAACGCCUUCUCCUAUGCAGGAUAUCUAUAAAUCUGCAGCCUGCCCAUCAUUGUCAUCCCAGGCCCACAAAUAUCCCUCUCAGCCCAUGAUUACAAAACAAAAUACUGAUACAUCUGGAAGGAGAGGGAGAUCUAUGGAGGAAACUGGAAGCUCAGAAAUGGUCAGAUUAUCACCAUUGAGUCAAAGUACGGAUCAUCUUCACCAUCUGAAAAAUUUGCAGCCUUCCUCUGGGCAGAUGCCAGACAAAAACUUUCAAAGGCCAAAUCAUCAAAGCAGUGCUCUGCAAAACUGUGAUCCUACAUCUGGACCUUUGUUCAGACCAUCGUAUCCCGAUGCAGGUCUAAGGGUGUCAGAUUCAAUGGUCCAGGCACUUGAGCAGCCUUCUAGUACAAAUAAACAGAGCAACACUUUCAUAAGUCUAGGUAGUCCAUCCUUCUGCCAUGUACCCCCACUUUCUGUGGGUAGGUCGCAGACUCAGAGUGUACCUUUGGAAUUUCUGGAUUCUUCACCGGCUCCUUUGGCUGAGAUGGACAAUUGUGUUUUUAAUGACUCUUUGGUCAGUGGCUCAGAAAAGGCCUCAACCCUUUCCUUCCCCUAUAGACAAAGUAAGAAUUCCAUUCCAGACAGAAUACAACCAGAUCCUGUCUUGACUGUAUCAGCUUCACAGGUUUAUCUGGAAGGAAGGCAAAUCAAAGAAUGUAAUGCCAGCUUUUAUGUUGCAAAGAAAGAAAAAUCUGGUCUUGGAAGCAGAAAUGGAAAUAGCGAGGGAAAUAUUUCUGGUGAGAAUUCACAUUGUACAGAGAUGGCUCCUGAAUUUUCUGCUUUCAUCCUCAAAGAAAGGAUUAAUAAAGAGUCUCAACUAAAGAAAGAAAGAAGUAACCAACCUCAAAUGUCUAAUGCAUCAGAAAGAAUACAGUGGCAACAGUUACAGGUGACCGAUAGAAGAACAGGAUAUUGCUCAGAGAAUACGACAUACUGUACAACUAUAUUGGAUAGCCAAGGAGAUAAAAGUACUGAACAUCCAUCAGCAAAUGUGAAUCAAAGUGAACAUGAUCAUGCCUUUCAAGAGCAUGACACAGAAUUGUCAACAGAACAGUUAACAUCUCAAGAAGGCCUGAAGUGUGAAAACCUCACUGUUGAGAUUAUUGCCAAAAACAAACCUCUGGUUGAUAUCCUCAGGCCUCAUCCAAUUAAGAAGACUGCUUUAGACCUCAUGGAAGGCCUUUUUCCUGGGAACAUUUUAGUGUCUGAUGGAUCCUUUAGAAUAAAGAGGAGAAAUCAGUCUGUUCAAGAAAAUGACCAAAGAACCAGUGAUAGAUCCUCAGACCUAUCUCAUGAAACUGGAUAUUUUCUUGUACAGAGAGUAGACGAUCCCACAUCACAUAUAAAUCAAAUCCUGAGUAGCAGCAGAGAGUGUCUUGACGAUCCAGAAAACAUCAUAUCCAAGAAAAAAGAACUUAUUUCCAACAUCCAACUGAAGCUGCAGACUCUGUGGGAUGAGAAGGAGCUUAUCCAGUGUGAAGCCAAGGAGUAUGCUGCUCAGGGUAAGGAGCUGGAGUCCCUGGUGCAAGAUCUGUGCAAACCCAAUGAAUAUGAGCGAUAUAUGAUGUUCAUUGGAGAUCUGGAGAAGGUUGUGAGCCUGCUGCUCUGCCUGUCUAGCCGCCUUGCUCGGGUCCAGAAUGCCAUGGAGAACAUUGAUGAAAAUACAGAUGCUGAAGAAAAACAGUCACUGAAUGAGCGGCACAGCCUCUUGUCCAGACAGCGGGAGGAUGCAAAGGACCUGAAAGACAACUUAGAUCGCAGAGAAAGGGUAGUAUCAGGCAUCCUUUCCAAAUACUUGACUGAGAGUCAACUCCAGGACUACAGGCACUUUGUACAGGCAAAGACAUCACUCUUGAUUGAACAGAAGAUCCUUGAGGAACAGAUUAAGUUUCUUGAAGAACAACUGGAGAGGCUGGAGGAGAGUAUUCCUCCUUACUCCACAUCAGUGAACCACUUGCUUUCCUGAAUGAACCAUUUGUGCUAGAAAUUCAUCUGCAUCCACAGAAACGUUGCUGAGAAGCAAACAAGGCCUUGUUUUCUCAAUGCAGUAUUGUUGACAAGGGCUUAAUUGGCUUAGGCGCACAUUCCUUGAGGAAAAACAACAAAACCUUAAUUGUAGGUUGCAGAUUUUAUCUGGAAAUUACUGUUGCAAUGUGUAUUGCUGUGUUGUUUUACUUUCCUGCCAGUCAACAUCAUUCCAAUUUUUAAAAAUCAUAAAAUAUUUUCCUCUCCGUGGGUGGAUGGAGUAUUUCAUGCAAGAAACCAUGUUGGCAUUUGUAUGCGAGUUGAUCAGAAAAACAAAAUGUUAUGGUACAGCUUGGCGGGCCAUUUGGAAACUCCUGUUCUAGUUUAGGGCUGCAGAUUGCUAAUAACUAAAGGCCUUUUGAAAUAGCUUUAAAUCCAGCCUAGAGUUGUCUACAGGACAUAGUUGUUCCUUCUGCAUCAGGAAGUUCAUCAUAUAGCUCCAAGGGGUUUAAAAGGAGCAGUUCUUUCUUUUCCCACUUCCAAAAAUGUCUCUGGAUGUCUGUCACUUAGGGUUCCCAGUUCUGGGUUGGGAAAUACUGGGAGAUUUGGGGGGGUGGAGCCUGCAGAGACAGGGUUUGGGGAAAGGAGGGACUUCAAUAAGGUAUAACGUCAUAGAGUAUGCAGUCCAAAGUGGCCAUUUUCUCCAGGUGAACUGAUUUCUGUCACCUAGAGAUCAGUUGUAAUGUUGGGAGAUCUCCAGCCACCCCCUGGAGGCUGACAACCAUUAAGAUGUUAGGAAACUUUUCCUACCCAGGAAAAUGCAAAUUUUGCUUUUAACAAUAUGCAUUCAUCUCUUACAGACUUUAAAAUAAAAAUAAUAACUGGUGGUAGAAAUAAUGGACUGGUGGUAGAAAUGGUUCAACUUUAAGGUUAAUGAAAUAAUGAAUGAAAUAAAAGAUAUGUUUUGGCAGCAUUCUAAUUUUGAUGUCUUAAAUGUACAAAUUAUAUGAAGCUGCCUUGCAUGGUGCCAGACCAAUGAUGCGUCUUACCCAGGAGUCUCUUCCCCAACCAGGUGUGCUUCUCCACGAUCUCAGGCCCUUUUUUAAAUUCCUGAGCCAUGCUGUUCAAGAACGCUUAACUAGAAGUCCCAGAGAUUGAACUUGGGACCUUCAGCAUGCAAAGUGCUUCAAGCAGUUCUAAAAUAAUGCUGAAGGCUGCUGCUCCAUAACUUUAUUCCCACAUUAAACAUGCCUGUUGAUUUUUCAGGAGUUGUAAAUGAAUAUUACCUGUUAGGGGCUGCCAGAACUGAGCUAGAAUAAAUGCGCUGCUAAUCUUGGCUGCCAUUGUGGGGUGGCAGAUGUGGGGUGGGAGAGAUCCAUGUACAAAUAACAGAAAGGUUACUUGUCCAAAAACUGGAUAAUACAAAUGACUCAACCCAAAUCAAUAAAUAUCAAUGUUAAAGAAAAGUAAUAGGCAGAUUUCCUACUGUGAUGUGCAUGAGAAUUGUAACAAGGGUACUGGACUUCCCUCACAAAGGUAGAAAAUGGAGCAGAAAUCUCAUAGUACAUUGCAAUCAAUGUGUGGGUAUUAUGAGGUGACACCUCAGUAAAACUAUAGGGCAUUACAGAUCAGCAUCUAGGGUAGGGGUUUCUCCCAUAAUAGCUGGAAGGAUUUGUGGUAUCAUUUAAAACAGGAAAGUAUGAAUUUGUGAAUGGUUGUAACAGCAUUAACUGGAACGUGAUGAAGCUUUUUACCCAUUGUAUGUUUUUUCUGUAAUUUAUAAUUUUUAAAAUAAAACAAAAUUCUGCUGGA